AUGAGUAAGCACAAGUUGAAAAUGAAUCCCAAGAAAUGCGUUUAUGGAGUUCAAGUUGGCAAUUUCUUAGGUUUCCUGGAGCAGGCAUUCAAAUGGGAGGAACAGCACCAGCAAGCUUUUGAGGAAAUCAAGCACUACCUCUCAAAUCUGCCAGUUCUGUCCCCACCAAAGAGAGGCAGACCACUCAAAUUAUAUGUUUCUGCAUCAGAAGUAUCCAUUGGGAGUCUGUUAGUUCAAGAUAAUAAGGAAGGGAAGGAACAAGCAGCCUACUACCUAAGCAGGACUUUGACAGAGGUAGAGAGGAAAUACUCUGCGAUUGAAAGGCUUCGUUUAGCUUUAUACAUUACUGCUGUGAAGCUCAUGCAUUACAUGCUACCCUUUACUAUUUACAUCAUCGCCAAAACAGAUCUGAUCAAGUACAUGCUAACAAGACGAAUGUUGAGAGGGAGGAUUGGUAAAUGGACUUUGGCCCUAUCAGAAUUUGCUUUCAUAUACGUUCCUUAG